AUGCCGCUCAUCGAGAAAUCAUACCCCGCCAUCAUGAGCGCAAUCAAGGGCUCAUCACUCCCAAAAACCUCCUUCCUGGUCUUUUACUCAUCAAUCGUCGACGGCAAGAUGUGGUGUCCUGAUUGCGUCGAUGUCGAACCUUCAGUCCGCGAAGCCUUCGACGGUGCUGAGAAGCCCGAAGCCAUGCUCUUUUACGUGGGCAAGAAGGAAGAAUGGCGUACCCCCGAAAAUGUCGCUCGUGUUGACUGGAACGUCCGUGGUAUUCCGACAGUCAUAAAGUUGGAAGAGGGAAAGGAGACUGCUCGUGUGACUGAGACUGAAAUCUUGGACAAGGGCAAGUGGCAGGCUUUUCUCAAGAACUAA